UCCACCUUUGUCUCUACAUCCCCUGGGGUGGGGUUUGCCAGUCCGGGACUGAGAUUCUAAAUGACAUGGACCCCAGAUUCAGAGGGGCUCAGAUGCCAACAAGGUGCCCACCUGCCCUGACUUGGCCCACAGCACCACCAUCCGCUUAUCAGCGCGUUAGGGCGGCUUCCGUGGUCGCGGAGCAGACUUUGCAAACCCUCGUGGCCGCCCUGUUUUGUCCUGUCUCCUUUUCCCGCUCUGACGCCUGGUGUGGGGGAGGAGUACAUCUUGGGUUUUUCUUCUCCAACCUUAGCGGCCUUUUUCUUCUUUCCAUCUCUGCUUCUGCUGAGCCGGGUCUACAGAGGCGUGGGGCUUCUUUCCUCUCCGCCCCUUUGUUCCUUCCAGCUAGGGCAUCUUACAGCGGUGGGAGUUGGGGAUCCAGAAACCGAGAGCAGUCUUCAGCAGCAAUUCCCAUUUUACAACCCCCAGCUUUUAAAUCUUUAUUUCAAAGAGAUGGAGAUUCGGGUGCAUGUGUGAACUUUUCAGGACUCUGCCACAGCCACAAAGUUUGGCAGUGAAGCUGGAAGAGUGUAGGACGGGGAACCCAGAAAGGACCAGAAUGAAAGAGAUCGCUAAACGCCUCGCCCUGGACUCCCAGGUCCUGGCUUCUCCGUGAGCCCGGAGGGCCAGGCGAAUGUGGGGCUGCCUUAGCGGGGGGCAGGAUCCUUGGUCGCCCCAAGGCUGAUAUCAGAAAUCGAUUUUAAAGGAGCCAGCCAGUUUGUCCUUACUGAGAGGAGAAUUUUCGUUUGCUCUUUGAUGGUUUUUUGGGGGGAGAGAGAAACAGACAUGAUCCCCCUAAGGCCUGGAAGGGUGGGCAGCCAGUGACCACUAAAGGGGGUUUUAAGGGCUCCAGGUUCCCCGGUACUGGGUACGGAUUAGGAGGUGGGGAGGGGAGUGCCGGGUGCUCUGGCUCUGGGGAAACUGAAUCAGAGAGGGGGACAUUUUCUCUAAUUUUUACCUUUAUUAUUAAUUCCUGCCCUUAUUAGCUUACACUAAGGUUUCUAUGUCUUAAUCUUUCAAUUUUUCUUUUUCAAUUUCUCUCUCCCACACUUGGUAAGUUGCUCAAGUUUCCUCCAUUGAAUCCAGGAAAAGACUGUUCCCUCUCCUCUCUCUAGUCUGCCCCUAAAAUCACAAAUUCACUGUCCAGACCCCAAUGUCUUCUCUCAGACCCUUAUGGUGUUUCCCACCCUAAGGUCCCUGCCCAGGCCCCUCACUGCCCCUCCUUUGUCCCCUGAAAUUUGGAGGGUCCCUAGCCUGAAGCGACACCUCAAACAAAUUGGGUGCCCUGGGGUUGCCCGUUCUACUCUCUGCUCCUGACCCUCCCAGCCCCAAACAGGGGCAAUCAGUGAACCACAAAUCUCCAAGAAAAGGAAUAAAAAGGCAAGAAAGAAAACAAACUGGGAUCUAAUUGCAUCCCAAGCAUUUCAAAUUGACUCUACUCUCAGAAUGAAUAAAGAAGCCCCCCACUCCAUCUCCUACCGCAUUUGUGGGCGCUUAUCCUCUGAGAUUUUUCUCCACGUUAGCUUUCUUGUUCCCAGUCCUCCUUUUCACUCCCACACCACUGCACCCCACCUCCUUGUAUAGCCAGAAGGGACCACAUGAGCUGAGGCUCCGGGAGGGGAGGGGUCCACUGCUGUCUCUACCCUCGGCUCAGCUCCAGGCCAAUCCUCCUGCAGGCCCGUGGCUGGCUGGGUGCCCUCUGGGUACUCUUUUUAUUCCUUGAGGCAAAGCUAUGCAGUCCCACAGGCUUCCAGGACCUCUUCUCUUAAUUUCCUAGUGACCCUCCCUAGCUAAAGGUAGCAACAGCUAGGCGAGCUGGAGGGUCUGAGAUGCCUUCUUGACUUUAAUUUUAAGAAGGAAAAGACCCAGAGGUGCUGUUCCCUUAAACCUCUGGAAGCCUCCCUGGGCAACCCACCAGCCCCAAACAUAGGGUCCAACCUAGCAGGUCUCUAACCAGAUCUCAGGACAGACUCUGCAGACACUACUCAGGCAGCCCUAACUGCUCUCUCUGAGGUUCCUGGCUUGAGCCCCAACACUGGAUCUGACUUGGGCAUUUUCUUUCCUUGAUACUAAUAAAUACAGAAAAAUGGCUUCCACCUUCCAUCUUCACCUCCCCAACACCCUUCCCUCAGCCACCAACUCCCAGCUCUCUAGGCAGGUGGUAGGAUCCUCUGGACAUCACAGUGGGAGGCUCUUCAGGCAGGCAGUUCUUAUUGCUGGAAGGUAGGGAGGCCAUGGGUCCCCACCUCCACCCUCAUUCAUCUGGGCCCCAGGAAACUGCUUCAGUCCAUGAAGCUUGACUUGGUGGGCCUGGAAGAAGUGGGGGCCAGAGGAAGCCAGGGACCACUCCCUAAGAGAGCAGGACCCUUUCUCAGCCCAAAGCUAAGCCUGUGAGUGAGGUGCCAGAGGAUGUGAAGGAGGCUUUGCCAGACACAGCCACCCUCUCCUGGAGGGAAGACAAUAGCUGGAGACCAUCUCUCACCUUUUUCUCCCAGUCUCAUCUCUCCUGGUUCAUCCAGAUGGGAGAAGGCAAAAGCCAAAGAUUCUAACCAGGAAGUCACAGGGUAGUGGCUGGCUCUGUCUACGCGGAGUUAAGAGAACAAGAUUUCCAAGCUGCCUUUGUAGAAAAGAGAGACUGUCGGCCUUCUAUUUUACCCCCUAAGUCCAGAGUCAGCAGUUGGGCAGUUGCAAACACUCCUGCUUUUGGAAAUGUCCUGGUGCUCUUUUUGUCUUGUUCCUCCACCAGGAAUGGCUCUUCCCCCACCCCCACCCCAAAUCUGCAGACACCUACAUUCUUACCUCCUGGCUUCCUCCUACAGGCCUCCUGCCUUUUCCUGCCCUUCUCAAACACACCCUAAGAAAAGUUUAGCUUUUGUAGUUUUCCUCACUUGUGCCAAGAAUCCUAAAAUCUUGCAGACCUAAGAGAAAUAAACAGGUUUGUUCUGAAUAAUAAUAAAAAUAACCAUCCUCCAUCUCUUCUGCCACUGCAUUUAAAAUUAAGCCAUUUUGCUGGUUCUUCUAAUCUUAGAAGUACAAAUGUCCUUAUCACCUCUUAGCUUCUUCUGCCUAUCUAGAGGUGAGAAUCUUAACAGAAACUUCUUAGUCAAGUUCUUACAGCUUCUAUUGCCAGCCGAGUCUGGAGCUCAAGCUAAACACUGAGUCCUCCUUUUGUCACCCUCUCCUCAAUCCCCCUCCCCCUGCAAGAUGGUCUGGAUUUUUAAAAUAAUCACUCACCGCUUGUUGUCUGUUCUCAAAAAUGGGGGGAGGGGGGAUGUUAAAAAAAAAAAAAAAAGGUCUGGCCUUCCCCUCUACCAGUUGGAAACUGGGCCUGGAGAUUUGCCGGGAGAGAGGAGGAAUAGUGAGGGUGUAGGGAAGAGAAGAGACAGAGAAUGGGAGACUCAGAAGGAGGGAGCCAGAGCGGGAGGGCGGGAGACCCGCCACCAGUCCCGGAGGAGAGAAACAACUUGGGGAAAAAAAAGUGUUCUCACUUGGAAUGAAUGCGGAGGAGCACCCAGCACCCCCACCCCACCCCGGGGAGGCCAGGGCCUUUGACUAGGCCUCCCAAGCGACUUCCCCAAUUAGACUAAAAAGGGUUUAUUAGUGAUGGGGCAGAGGAGCUGUGAACUACACGGGCUUUGCCAAGUCUUUGCGCUCCUCUUCCUCCCCAGCCAAAACCCUCAAUUUAAAAACUUACCUGUUCUUAAAAAACAAAAACAGAAGUCAAAAUCUCUACCUUCUUUUCUUUCUCACUCUUUUUUUUCUUUUUUUGCCGGGGGCGGGGGUAUAUUUAAAAAUCCCCCCUCCCCCAUCACCACCAUCACCUUCUUUCCUUAUCAGGCAUCUAAGCUCGCUAAAGGGGGAGAGGUGGGGGUGUGUGUGUGAGCUUGUGUGUGUGUGUGUGUGAGUGAGUGAGUGUGUGUGUGUGUGUCUGUGUGGUUUUUUUCCCUGUGCAAAAGCAGAGGCCAUUGUUACGGAGAGUAGGGCGUACCAGUCUUAUAGGGCAACCACACUGUGGCGGCUUGGCCGUGCCGGAGCCCGGAGCUGGAUUCUCCGCGAGCUGAGCCGCCCGAGCACCUUUCGGUCUUCUUCUAUUUUUUUCCCGCUCCCCCACCCCCUCCCUCCUGCGCACCCCCGCUCCUAAGCCGAGUGAAUUGAAGCGGACGCCGCGCGGCUCCUCCGGCCGGAGGGGAGAUUUCUCGCCUGCCGCUCGCGCUGGGGCUCGAUGUGAAUAUAUAUUAUGUCUGCCUGUUCUCCCCUCGUCGGUGGCUAAGGUCAAAAGCUACGAACAGACCUCGGGAGGAGGGGGGCAGAACAGGGAGGGGGGUCCGGCGUGCCACGUGACCCCCAGGGGUGCCAAUGUCCGGUCGUGAGGGUAUCAGACCCUUGCAAGUUGCCACCCACUGCCCGGGCCUCGCCAAGCGAUGCAGAAAGCCACCUAUUACGACAACGCCGCGUCGGCACUCUUCGGAGGCUACUCCUCAUACCCUGGCAGCAAUGGCUUCGGCUAUGAUGGGCCCCCCCAACCCCCCUUCCAGGCCGCCACGCAACUGGAGGGCGACUACCAGCGCUCGGCGUGCUCGCUGCAGUCCCUGGGCAAUGCCGCCCCGCAUGCCAAGAGCAAGGAGCUCAACGGCAGCUGCAUGAGGCCGGGCCUGGCCCCGGAGCCCCUGCCCGCCCCGCCCGGCUCACCCCCGCCCAGCGCCGCACCUACCAGUACCACUAGCAACAGCAGUAACGGGGCCGGGCCCAGCAAAAGCGGCCCUCCCAAGUGCGGUCCUGGCUCCAACUCCACCCUCACCAAACAGAUAUUCCCCUGGAUGAAAGAGUCGAGGCAAACGUCCAAGCUGAAAAACAGCUCCCCCGGCACAGCGGAGGGUUGCGGCGGCGGCGGUGGCGGAGGAGGAGGAGGAGGCGGAGGAGGCGGCGGGGGCGGCGGGGGCGGCGGCGGGGGAGGGGACAAGAGCCCCCCGGGGUCGGCGGCGUCCAAGCGGGCGCGGACGGCGUACACCAGCGCGCAGCUGGUGGAGCUGGAGAAGGAGUUCCACUUCAACCGCUACCUGUGCCGGCCGCGCCGCGUGGAGAUGGCCAACCUGCUGAACCUCAGCGAGCGGCAGAUCAAGAUCUGGUUCCAGAACCGGCGCAUGAAGUACAAGAAGGACCAGAAGGCCAAGGGCCUGGCCUCGUCUUCGGGGGGCCCCUCCCCCGCCGGCAGCCCUCCGCAGCCCAUGCAGUCAACCGCCGGCUUCAUGAACGCCUUGCACUCCAUGACCCCCAGCUAUGAGAGCCCGUCCCCGCCCGCCUUCGGCAAAGCCCACCAGAAUGCCUAUGCGCUGCCCUCCAACUACCAGCCCCCUCUCAAAGGCUGCGGCGCCCCGCAGAAGUACCCCCAGACCCCGGCGCCCGAUUACGAGCCUCACGUCCUGCAAGCCAACGGGGGCGCCUACGGGACGCCCACCAUGCAGGGCAGCCCGGUUUACGUGGGCGGGGGCGGCUACGCGGAUCCGCUGCCGCCCCCUGCCGGCCCCUCCCUCUACGGCCUCAACCACCUUUCCCAUCACCCCUCGGGGAACCUGGACUACAACGGGGGGCCCCCUAUGGCCCCCAGCCAGCACCACGGACCCUGCGACCCCCACCCCACCUACACAGACCUCUCCUCUCACCAUGCGCCUCCUCCUCAGGGUAGAAUCCAAGAAGCGCCCAAAUUAACACACCUGUGAUGGGAGAUGGAGGGCUGAGGGAUGAGGUCCUGGAGUAGGGGAGACCCAGGAGGGGCAGAGGCUGUGGAGUUCUGGAGGUCUGAAAGAUAGGGGCAGGGAGGUGGCAGUCAGGCUUUCUGGGAAGAAAGGGUCUUGGGGCUCCUUCCCCUCCCCCUGGCCUGAGAGGUUGCUUUUUAAAACUGUCCUGCAGCCCUUGGUCAGUUUGCCUGCCAACCCACUGGAAAGGAAUCCACAGCAGAUUGGAGAUGACCCCAUCAACCCCAGGCCUCCAGCAAUACCCAGUUGGAAUUCCACCCUCGGGAAUGGCACAGAGGAAGAGGAGAUAGGGAAACAGGCAGAGAAGCACAUUUCAAAAAACAGACAAGAUGGCUAGGCCAUCACCAGCCAACUUACCUUCCAUCUCUGUGUCUCUGUGGUUAAUUCUUCCAAAUCUUGAUUUUUUUCCUGACAAUUCUCCUUUAAAAAAAAAUUUAAAACACAUUUCAAAAACCCAAGGGCACGAAACACGUCCCCCUCCCGCCUUCCUGAAACUUCAAAUUUCUUCACAUCUAUUUGAGGUUGAUUGGGCACUGCCUCCAUUUCUAGUCACACAUUUUCCUGCUCUAGGACAUUAAUAUCUAUACCCCGCCCCCAUCAAUUAUAGUCUUCAGAGGGCUCAGGGAGGGUGAGAGAUCCUGAAAAUCAGAGCUGUCUAUAUAUAUAUAUAUUUGUCUUUUAUGGAAAAUCUGGGAGGUGAGGGCAGGCAAGUUGUCAGGACUGAAGGUUUGCCCAUUCCGCUGCCUCCCAUCUCAGCUCCAGGUCCAUCCCCCUCUCGCCACAGAAGGCAGUUGGCAGCACGAGGUUCUACACUUUUAUUUUCUCCUGUUGCUCUCUUGACUUAACGUGAAAACAGGGUAUAUUUUAACAAACUGUCUGUCCCAGGCAGGGGCUGCAGCUGGGCCUUUGAGCCUUGCUCAACCCUGGACAGGACACUUUUGUUGCACUUAGAGUUUACAUUUUAAUGGAUAUAAAAACAACUGUGAGAGAUGCCUGGGCCUGCAGGAGUCUAGCAUCGCUCAAAAAGUGUGUGUUCUAGUGAACAUUUUCAUAUAUAUUUAUUGGUUAUAGCCUGUUAAAAUAUUUUCUUUUUUGUAUUAUUUAUCCCCCUACAUUAUGUAUUUAUAUGAGGGAAAAAGGAAAAAAUUGUACUUUUUUAGUAUUUACUUGUUAUAAAAGACGUUGUGUUCCCUGUCAUGUAAAACCAGCUAUUUUAGUUAUUAUUGUACUCUAGAAAAGAGCUGUAGAUUUAUGUUAAACUCGUACUUAUGAGCAAUUGUAAUUAGUUCUAAAAGGCAUGAACUCAGCUCCUAAUUGUCACUGUAUAGUCCUGAAUUUGUAGAAUUAGAGUUAAUUCCCUCUUGGAACUUUCUUUGUUCUUCUGUAGUUACUUUUUUCCUUACUUAAAAGGGUUGUCUGUCAAACAAUUCUUGAAUAAACUUUCUGUUAUCAA